AUGUUUAAAACCAAACCAUUGAUUGGUACACCAAAUGACUCAAGGGUUGGUAACAAGUUUGAGUUUACACCUAUAGGGUAUAAGGUUAAUGAUGAAAAUAGAGACCCAAGAACAAAUACAAUAAAGAGAACUUCGAAAUUGAAUCCAAUGUCAACAAUAAAAAGAAAUAGAGACCCUUUCAAUGGAUCUCCAUUAGCAAAUUCAGUACGUGGCGGAUCUUCCUUUAUUGAGCCUGAAUCAUUUGAUACAAUCCAUUAUUCAGAUAAUGGCCGUCAACAAAUUUCAAAACAACAUAAAACUUCAUCACCAGUGCCAAAUGGUUUUGAUAAUCAUGAUUUAUUGAACAAUGGUUCUAACCCAGUUAGACAACAACAAGAAAAUGUUUCCAAGUUACAAGAUGAAAAUUAUAACCUAAAAGUGAAGAUUGCUAGCCUUACAAGAUUUCUAAAUUCAAUAACGAAUAAUGAACAACAGGAAAUUUAUCAACAGAAUUCUGAAUUACAAGAGAAAUUAAUAGAAAUGAGAGGUCAGAUAAGCUUGUUAAAUCAAGAACUUUCAGAUUCAAAAAAGUCAACAAACUCAGCUGCAAAUGAUGUUGAAGUUGAAAAAUUCAAAGAUGAAAUCAGAUCUCUAAACAAAAUUAUUCAAGAAUUACGUGAAGCGACUGAAAACCAACAUGAAUUAGAAAGGGAAGUUAAUAAGUUACAUCAAGUUAUUGAAGAAUUGGAAACUGAGAAUAUUAAAGAAAAACAAAGCUCAAUAUCUCCAGCAUAUGUUGAUAAACUUGAAGAACAGUUGGAAGAAGUUAAGGAAAGAUUACACGACGUGGAAUUUGAAUUAAACCGUAAAAAUGAAGAACUUGAUGGGAAAGAUGAUAAAUUAGAAGAAAUGGAGGAGAUCUUGAGAAAACAUAAGUCAUUAAGCGAUAAACAACAAGAUCAAAUCGAAGAUGAAUUAGAAGAUAUGAAAGAUGCUAUCAGGGCAAAAGAUAAAGAGAUUGAUUCACUAAUGGAUAAACUUGAUGCAAAAGAUUCGUUGUUAGCUCAGCUGAAAAAUGAUUAUGAUUCAUUGAAGGAAAAAUUACAAAACGAUUAUGCCAAGUUGAAAGAUGGACAAGUUGAAAGCAAUAAAUUCCAACAAAAGUUGAAAGAGCUCGAGAUUGAAAAAAAUCAAAAGAAUGAUCAAUUGAAACAAUCACAAUCAAAAUAUUCCGAAACAUUACGUGAACUAAGUGAUUUACGCCAUGACUUGGCAUCUGCUAAUGAUAUGAUGCGCAAACAAGAAAAUGUUAUUGAUGAAUUGAGGUCGACUAAAACUUCAAAUGAAAAAAUUUACAAAUUUGCUGAUGAUUUGAAGGUCAAGGUUAAAUCAUUAGAGAAAGAAUUGCACAGCUUAUCACUUGAACGUGAUGUUUUACAAAAACAACUAGCAAAAUCAGAUCAAGAAAUAAUUGGUUUGAAAAACAACAAUGAACGUACUUAUAAAGCAUAUAAUGAAUUGAAAAAGAAACAGCAACAAAAUCAAUCAACCCAAGCCACUACUUCAAAUAAUGAACAGUUUUGGAAAUCGGAAAUUGAUCAAUUGUCAAACCAAAUUAAUGAUUUGAAUGUUGAGAAUAAAAAACUUUCUAGAGAAUUACAAAAUGAAAAAGUUUUGAAGAAGCUUGAUGUUGAUAGUUAUGAAAAACAUGAAGUGAAAAAUUUAACAGCUAGAUGCAAUGAUCUUCAAUUGGAAUUAUCUGAGAAAGAAAAUCUUUUUAAUCAUACUGUUAACAAAUAUAAGAAUGAAAUUGAAAACUAUAAGUCAAUGAUUAGAGAAAAAGAGGAUGAGUUACGUAAAGUUUCCAGUGAAUUAAGAGCAAUCAAAUAUUCAACUACUCAACAACUUGAUGAGGAAAAACUAGAAGCAUUGAAAGUUAAAAGUUCCAAAGAAUACCAAAUCAAAGCAAUGAAAAUUGAAUUAGAUAACCUCAAAGAGGAACAUGAUGCUGAAGUUAAAUCUUACAAAAAAUUGAUUGAAAGACUCAAAAAUGCCUCCUCGGGCAAAGAUGUCGAUGAUGUUAACUCAAGACUUGUAUCCAAUACUGCCAAUGAAACUGAUCAAUUGCUUCAAAAAAUUAAUGAUAAAAAUAAUAAAAUCAGAAUUUUGAACAACAAAUUAACUGAGGCAGUCUCCAAUGUCAAGGUAUUGGAAAAAGAAGUUUCAAGGUUGGAAGGUGUCAAAUUAUCAUUAUUACAUGACAAUAAGAAACUUGACGCCAAGAUUGAUUUGUUAUCUGAUGAGCUGGUAUCACAGAGAAAAGAAACUGAAAGACUAUUAUCACAAGCUACUGACCCGUCAACUAUCUAUGAGUUGAAACGUGAGUUGAAGCUAAGAGAAAAUCAGCUAGAAGCUUCAAAUAAGGAAUUUAAUGAGAUGAAACAUGAUUUGAUCAAUAAAUAUAGAGAGAUUCAUGAUGAAAAAUCAUCAUUGGAGAGAAGAGUUGAAAAAAUAAUAAAGAAUUACCGUCAACUACAAAACAAUCUCAACGGUAAGGUAUUUGAUAACAAGUCACCAUCUUUAUCAUCAAAAGAACUGAUAAUGACCAAAGAUCAAGCUGAUUUCUAUAGAAUGAAAUACAACAAAAGCACUUAUGUCAUCAAUGAUUUGAAGUUUAUGAAUUCAUUCAUGUUAAAAUCCAUUCAAGCAACAAAUUCACAUAUUAAAAAAGAUGUUAAAAAAUUGCAAACUGCUGGGAUUUAUCCAGAUUAUGAAUUAAUUUGUAAUAAAAAGCCAUCAUUAUCAGUGUUGUUCAAAUUUGUUGUUGCUGCUGUUAGAAUCAAAAGGAAAACUGAGCAUAGUGGGAUAAGGAACAAAAAACUUGAAAAUUUGAAAUUCAAGCUGGAAUUGCAGGAUUAUUGA